AUGAAAGAGCUCCCAAAGCCGCGCCUGAGCAACCUAAGACCACCAACAUCCGGAAAUAAUGGUCUCGCAGCAUCGUCUGGACUUGGAGUACCAACCAUUAUUGAAGAGCCCAGCAACUCUGGGUUGCAGCAGGAUUCUGUAAACGAGAAAGAAAGGAAAGAGCAAGACAAGCCAACGGCUUGGACGAAUGAAAGGAAAAUGGAAAGGGAGAAGGAAAAGGAAAGUGUGGCAAACAUGAAGCCAAUGGAUACGAGCCAAAAGGAAGACAAGGAAAAGGGCAAGAAGACAGAGAACCAAGCAGAAAAACAGAGAGACAAGAAGAGGCCACCGCUGAUCAAACCUGAUCUCCCGAAGAGUGCCUUGGAAACUGUCAUGCAAGAUUUCAAGGCUGACAAGGAUUCUUUGGACGUUGGCGAUGACACGCUCGAAUCUCUCCAACAAAUCCUCGACGAGAAACCAAGUGAUCUAAAAACUGAAGCAGAAAACGAUGCAGAGUACGAGAAGUCUAUCCUGCAGAAACUUGAACUCGAAAGCUCGGGAAGCAGUGAUGGCGUCGAUCUUGAUAGGCUGAAUAAAAAACUGGAGUCCCUGACCGAGAAUAUCAACAAGGUGAAGAAAGGACUUAAUGGCUUAGAAGAUCAAGUCAUACGGGAUGCCGCUACGCUUGCUACAAUACCAGCUUCUCCGACAGGACAGCUACCAUCGAGUCAUACGUGUGACAACUGUCCAACCUGCAAAGCUCACCACAAUGGAUUAACCUCUGCUAUUUAUCUCCCACGCUUAUGGAGAUAUGACCCUAGCUCACGCCGUAUUCGACCCACUUUCCUUGGAUGGUGCAGCGGGUUGUUGCUUCUGUGGUACUUCUCUGAGUCGACGAUGUGUGAUUACUACUGUCAUCCCUUUAUUGCUGAGGCAUGCGAAGGAAAUUGUCUGCUUCCCGAUGCUCCACGCUUUCCGUUCGUCAUUCCAACAAUGCUCUGGCGCUGGUUGCACCUAUCAGCCAUCUGGGCUCCACUCUGGGCCGUGAUGGUGGCUUUCUUCAGACUCACAACCCAGCUUCUGGGAAUCUCAGAUGGCUAUGUGGAUGAUACACCCCCUCGAGCGCUCAACCUUUCUGGCGAGAUCCGGAUACGUGGGACUCGUGUAGAAGGUUUUCCUGCGUUUGCAACCUCUAAGUAUGACUUCGGUGCACCUAAGAAGCAACAGCAGCUACCGACUCAGAAACCCACUCCGAUUGCUGUUCCCGAAUUGGAUCUAGGGUCGGAUGUACGUCAGGAGGGUAAGGCCACCUUGGAAGAUGACUCCAUGGAUGAUGAUGAAUUUAUCUAG